AUGGCUGGCCGAACCAGUGAGACGUCGAAGCAAGUUCGACGUCAUCGAAGUGUUCACCCAUCUCUUGGUGUCUCCAAGCGAUUGGCCGAGCGUAACAGUCGUGGAUCAGAGGAGUCCAACGUGGACGAGCCGUGGCUCCCGCGUAAUGACAACGCGGAAGAGCAGUGGUUCCCGCGCGAAGACGACGCGGUCGAACAGAGGUUCCCGCACGAGAGAGCAGUGGUCAAACACGAACAGGUGUUCCUAAUUGCACCCAUUGUGGUCGAGCAGAGGCUACCACAAGGGCAAGGUGUGGCCGAGCAGGGGCUCGCCACCGAGUGUGACGUGGAUGGACAGGAGUCCCCACGUGCGAAUAUGAUGGUAGAACAGAGGUUCCUAUCAUCGCUUCCUGUGGUCGAACAGAGGAUCCCACAUGAGCAAGACGUGGUCGAGCAGGGGCUCUUACACGAGUUUGUGGCGGUAGAUCAGGGGCUCCCAAAUCAUGCGUCUACAGACGAUUAUGGGCUACUAUCGUCACGCGAUUUCGACGUCCUGAAUGAGGACAUCCAGCGUUUGGAGGGGGGUGCAGAUUUAACACCUGACUGCGGUUCGCCAGCUUCGCGCAUGGACUCGAAGCACGAUGGGGACGCAAGCUACGAAGAGUCAGCGUUGGAAUUUGUCCACGUUAUUGUUUACGUGGACAGGAGUCCACAAAGGCGCCAAUACAUUGAGGUGCGAGUCCACCUCGCGAAGCGUCGCCGAUUACGAGCCUUUCAGAACUCUCCCGGAAGCAUUUUCUACGCGACCUCAAGGGAGGCACGGUGGAAUAAGAUUGUAUGGUACCAACGAGGUGGCCCGUAA